AUAUUUAUAGGGCUAAUUAGCAGGUAGAAACUUGUCACACAACAUUCCUGUCAUUUUCCAUCCGAAGGACAGCAUUCUACAAUGUCCAGCGCUUCAUUUCACCGUUUCCUUCACCCGGCCACCAUCAUCAGGAGCAUGCACCGAUGCCCCACGUCCUCAGGCGAAGAACGUCCUGCCAAAGAGGGAGGAUACAUUAUGUACAAACGAAUCGUCCUGUUUGCUUGUCUUCCGAUAAUUGCGGGUUUAUCGGUGAUGAAUUUCCUGCGGCACAAGUCAUGUGCAGAAGAACGCCAGCCAUUCCACAAGUACUCAUAUUUACGCAUUCGCACCAAACGAUUUCCUUGGGGAGAUGGGCAGAAGAGCCUGUUUCAUAAUCCGAGAACAAACGCGCUUCCCGAUGGAUAUGAAGAACUGGAGGAGUGUGAAAACGGAGAAUAGUACAGGCAGGAACUUGAAGGUGAAAUUGUUUGUUGGUUUGGAUUAAAAUCGAAGUUUUUCUA